AUGAGUUUGCCUCACAUUCACAUACACCAUCAGUGUGGCGCUUGCGGGGGGUCGUUCCAGGUUGAUGAAAAGAUAACUGCUUUAACAUAUUAUAGUGAAACCUGCAUCAUCCUUGAUGCUGGGGUCUUCACAGACCACGACCAUUGUGAUCAGCCGACCAGGCAUAUUAUUUUCUGCCGGAUUUCAGACUGCGACCAAUGCCCACUUACGAGCGAAACCAUAACAUUUCAUACAGACUGCUUCAAUCUUGUAAAGGGGUUGUUGACUGACGGCGCUCUUCGAAGAUUCUGGGUUGCGGCCACUUGGAGACAUCCUUGGCGUUAUUCCCCACCACUUUUACAAACUUCAGAGGACCCUGUUGAUGAUUUUACCCGAAUAGCAAGCAACGUCUGCCAGAUACCCCUCCUAAAAACUCUACCAAAUGAGAUAAAAAAGCAAUGUUUGUUCAGCUCUGCGGUCCCCAUUUCUCAUUAUGGCGUUAUGCAUCUUAAAGUUGGCAUCGGGGGGGGCCAACCGAGACUGACGAACCGCCGACAACGUAACGUAAUCCAAUUAACCAUUGAUGCUCGAGGACUUAAAGCGAUCUGCCGUUUUUCUGAACCUCCAGAACCAAGGGCAUCCUCUACAGAUUCUCGUCAUUUUCUUUAUCUAUUUUGGCAAGCUACGAAGGUUCACAAUAUCAAAGUCCAAUUUGACAUUGGUCUUGGUCGAUUAAAUAUUCCAGGUAUACCAACUCUACAGCUAUGGGACUCUCCUACUCCACCACUACGUUGGAUUGGUAUUCAACCACCACGAAGAUUUUCUCAGCCACCUCAUAUUAAACGCUUCACAACUAUCAGCCUAAAACAAUGCCAUGGCCUUACAUUUUUUAUCACACACAGCGGGGUAGCUAGUAUUUAUCCGCACACCUCAAGAAGUCCGUUUGCGUUUGAGACCUUUACUACUCUAAUACCUGGAGUCCAAGCCCAUGACACUUGGUUUUAUCUUCCCCUGGGGAAGAGUGAGAAAAUCAUCUCCUUAGGCCUUCGGUUUCAAGUCGUGAAUGGAUUAUAUGUAAUCCCAUGCUUUCUGGUCCAUUUACGCUCUCGAAAUUAUGUUAUUGGUCCAUCCUAUACUGGACAAGUAUUCGAUAUUACUGUAUCAAUCAAGGGCCGGCCUCCUCUCAUCUAUGAACACCCUGAAGAGGAAGACGUCCAUAUUCCUACCAUAGGAUGUUGCAGUACAGGGGUCUCUCCUGCGGGGACUCUUAUCCAUACGUAUUCUAGGAUUCCACCAGAUAGUCCCCCAUUCAGAGACGCCCAUCUGACCACAGCCCCCUUGAGAGGGGUAGUUGAAGUGAAACUAUUUCGCAGCCAAACCUUCUGCAAAGGUAUGAUUCUCACAUAUGACAAUCAGACUCGACGAUCCCUAGGUCAAUGCCGACUGGGUGAAGAUACGCACCGACACGGCUGUACUAUGCUUCUACAGAGUACAGAAUCAAAGGCGUCAAGCCACCUCGAGCGGCAGUCUACGUGGAGAUUGCAACCCAAAGCUGUCCUGAGCCUCAAAAAAAAUGAAAGUCAGAGGUGGAACAGUUCUGAAAUGCGCGGGAUAAUCAAGUUCUGGUCCGAAUCGGUACAAACUUCGCUCGCAGUGCAGGAGACAAAAGAGGAAGAGAGCUGA